AUGGCUAGUAAUCAGCGCAUAAGUGUGCUGUUUCUCGCAAAUAGCGAGCAUGGCCAAACAAACAUUAUUCUGGCGAUUACGCACGAGCUGCUGGUGCGAGGAGAUAUAGACGUGCAUAUUGGCUCCUUCCCUGCCCUUGAGCGACGCAUUGACAAGCUCUUGACUGAUAAUGCCUCUGCGUAUGAUGGAUCAUUCCGGUCGCGGAUUCACUUCCAUCCUAUUAGAGGACCUUCAAAUACGGAUGUCUUUAUUCGCACGGGGAAGCGGGGCGCUUUCCAUCCUCCUGGAUACCAUGGAGCGGUACUUGGGUUCCAGUCUCUGUGUGAAGACAUCUGGGGUUGGACGGAAGAGGAAUACGUAGAUAUCUACAACUGUUGCGUGGAGAUCAUUCAGACCAUUCAGCCGUCAGUCGUCGCGGCCGACUUCUUCUUUCUCCAAGGAAGAGAUGCUGCAUAUAAUACGGGGUAUACCGCGAUUUUGAUCAAUACGACAUCCCUCACUCACAUCGUUCUUGGAUUGCAGCCACAGUCCGCUGCGUUGUGGAAGUACCCCCUGCCGGGGACAGGAUUUCCAUACCCUCUCCCAUGGCAUCUAAUCCCACUCAAUGCCCUUGCUGUGAUCAAAACGGCGAAGAUGUACCAUGGAAGUGGGCGGCGGCGUGAGAUUCGCGAAUGGAGAAUUCGGCACAAGAUCCAUGGUCGGUUUCCGUUUGCUGAUGCCUGGAGGCCCGACCGGUUCCAUCUUUCCCCAGCGCUGAAAGAGCUUGACUGGCCCAUGGAUGUGCCCGAUAAUAUUCUUCCCUGUGGGCCGAUUUUACUUCCCACGGCUUCAGUCCACAAACAGGACCGCGAACUGGCAAGUUGGCUGCAGAAAGCGCCGACUAUCUUGGUGAAUCUUGGAACGCUAUAUGCGCCCGAUCCCAAGGUUGCAGAGAAUAUUGCGACAGGCCUCAAGCUCUUCCUUGAGACUUGGAAGGGCGAGAGAGUUCAGAUCCUAUGGAAGCUCCCCAAACACCCGCAUGAUGAGGAUGAUGUAUUCAUCCGGUCUAUCGAGCCGCUGAGACAGGAGACUGAGACUGAUCGUGUUCGUAUCCACCCCUGGUUCUCCGUUGAGCCCAUGGCCAUGCUUCAAACAGGGCAGAUUGCUUGCUCCGUUCACCACGGUGGAGCGAACUCGUGGUAUGAGGCCAUCCAAAAUGGCGUUCCCCAUGUGGUUCUACCGGCAUGGCAGGAUUGCUAUGAGAAUGCCGCCCGAGCGGAGUGGCUGGGAAUUGGGGUGUAUGGCAACAAAGCCCGUGCCCCGAAUAUCAGUGGCCGAGAGUUAAGCAAUGCACUUUUAAAGGUCAUGGGUAAUCGCUCAUAUAAACAAAAAGCGCUUGAUCUUGCCAAACUGUGUCAGAAAAAGGAAGGACGUGUGGCCGGUGCGGAAAAGAUCGUCGAGUUGGCGCACAAUCCGGAGUUGAUGGCUAUGCACAUCCCGGAUGUGAAGAUUGACGAUCCUCAGUGUCAGCUCAGCGAAGUUCGAAACCGUUCUGGAAUGGUUCUCCAGUCGGUCCAGUUGCCUCAGCCGGAAGGCAAACCAACGGUCAAGCCCUUCCUCAAUGACCUUGCAGAGGCAGCACUGAUGACUGCCCUUUGCAAUACCUGGUUCAUCCUACCCUUGCUUGGAUAUUCGCUUCUCCUGGUUGCCCGUUUGCGAUUUCUGAUUCUGUUUUACAUCAUCUAUAUCAAGUAUUUUGCCAAAGCACAUGAAGCGGGCACCCUUCCUCUGCGAAACGACACCUUCCGGACUUGUUGGAUCUGGAAAAUCUUUGUAUCUUACUUCCCCCUGCGGCUCUAUCGUUCGGUUCCUCUCUCUCCACGGAGGAAGUAUAUUUUUGGCUACCAUCCCCAUGGUGUCGCUAUUCGAGGAGCUGUCGGCGCAUUCGCCGCAGACGUGGCCGGCUUUUCUCAACUCUUCCCGGGGAUUACCAAUACCCUGUUGAUGAAGGAUAGCGUGUUCUAUCAGCCACUGCUUCGAGAAUAUCUUCUCUCCGCCGGGCUCAGUGGUGUCUCCCGAAAAUCAUGCAUUCGGCAUCUAACACGGGGAGGUCAUGACGGUCGGGGCAUGGGCCGUGCCAUUACCAUCACUGUGGGAGGAAGUCGUGAAUACAACGUCGCUCGACCCGGCACCAUGGAGGUCGUGAUCAAGAUUCGCAAGGGUUUUAUCCGGGUCGCCGUGGAAACUGGCGCCGACAUCGUGCCGGUGGUCGCGUUUGGGGAGAAUGAGAUCUUCGACCGCGUGGACGUCCGAUCAAAAUCCGUGCUUAGAUACGCCGCACGAUUGUGGGAAUGGUUUGUUGGCCACCAAGUGGCAUUUUCCCUUGGCCGGUUUAACAUCUUUUGCCCUUAUCGUCAGCCGUUGAAUGUUGUCGUCGGCCAUCCCAUUCCCGUUACUCAACAACGAUGGGACCCGGACGAGAAAUAUAUCGAUCAGUUACACCAGCAAUACAUGAGAGAGUUGGAGAGGCUGUGGCAUAAUUGGAAGGACACCUUUGGAACUGACCAGUCCGUGAGGUUCGAGGUGGUGGAAUAA